AUGGAAUUACGUGUGUUGGGAAAAUUUUCUCCAUUUGGGGAAACGUUCAUACAUCAUAAUACUAUUGAUGACAGUGAACAAGCUUCAAGGCUUCAAAACAACCACAAUAUUCGGCCUUCGUUUGAAUCUGCUUAUCAACUUUACCCGUCACAAAGCAAUGCUCAAACAAGUAAACUCAAAAAUCGGAACUCUGAUUUUGAGGAAGAAAUAUAUGUCAAAGACAAACUUGUAGUUUGGAGCCGCGGAAACUUACUCAAAAAAAGUUUUAAGUUUGAAAGCCCUGUUAUUCAGGCAUUAUUUGUCUGGUUCGAAAGUUAUACACAAACGCCACAAAAUUCUCUAGACGCUAAAUCUUAUGUUAAUGUUUCAACACGCGAGCGCUGCCUGUGCGUUAUACUUCAUAAUUCAGCGAAAGUAUAUUUCGAAAAUGGAGAUUCUCAUGAAUUUAGGAUACCUUCUGUUCAGCGAGCUUGGGCUUUGGAGCUUGGGAUAUUAUUUGAAUGUUUCCUUGAAGAUAAUCCUUGUUUAUCAGAGUCAAUGCAAGACGAUUCUACAACCGCACCACCCCCAACUCUGCUCAGUCUUCUUGAUCCAUUGGCCGAAAUUAAAGCUAUUUCGAUAGUUGACAAGAUACUUUAUAAUAAUGAUGAAUUGGUUUUUUUGGGACCAAUGAAUCCUUUUACUAAUGUGGAUGAAGAAUUGAUUUUCGUUGGUGGAGCAAUUACAAAUGAUCCCUUGAUAUUUACGUAUAAUCGUCAAAUAGGCCGACAAUAUUUGUAUAGAUAUGGAAUCAAAAGAGGAAAUAAUAUUAUUGGCGAAAUGGAAAAUUCAGAACGACGGAGUUCUGGUUUAAAAUCAGAUUUGGUAGACAGGUUUUUACACCCUGAUUCUCAAAGUUUCUUGUCAUAUGAAAGACGAGAUUUCUCUGAGGCCUCUGUAGAGGUUUAUUUAGAAUUACUCUGGUCAGAAAAUUGUCAUACAAGUGAACCUAUAAAUAAUUUUUCUGCAUUUAUUGCACAUGAGUUCAAUGGUGGAAAGGUCUUUGGAAUAUUUUCGAGAUCAAAGGAGACCUUAACUUUAUUAGACAUCUUACAAGAACAUGAUCACUAUCGGAUCUCAUUCAAGUCUCAGUUCUCAGCUUUGGCUGCGAUGUCAAUUUCAGCGACUCGCCAAAAUUUAUUAGAUAUGUUACUGCUUAAGAAAGAUAGAACUUUGGAACUUUGGAUCGGUGCUGACAAAUUUUUGCCGAUUACGAUUCCGAACGAAGAGCUUUCUUACAUGAAAGAAGAAUCCUUUGUAGAUAGGGUUAUAGAUAUAAAAGAUUGUGUCAAGCAUCGAGUUAAUAUUGUACUAGCUGACAAUAUGGUUUUAAGGACAAGUCUCAAGUUUAUACCGUCUUCCACCUUAGUUAGGAGUUGCAUGGGCUCUUUAAGUUUCGCUAUACCAGUUUCGGAAUAUCUUGAGUUCAAAAUGAGGUUUCUUCAAUAUAAUUUUGGGAAUGCUAAAAAGUAUAUGGAAAUUCCUCAGGCGAGUGAGUGGGAAAAUUUCGUCGUUACCCUACUAUCCUUUUGUCAUACAAAUCCUAGCGGUGAUGUUGGUAUGUCUGACAAUGAUCAAAGUACGUCAAUUCUUUACAACGACGAUGAUUGGAAUGCGAUGUUGUCUACACGUCAUCAUUGCAAAAUUCAAUUAAACAGCAUAUAUCAGAGUUUAGAGCCUCCUAAUGCCCACGCAAUGGAUAAAUCGAUCAUAAACGAUUGCGAAAAGUCAAAAAAGCUUGCAGUCCUGUUUUCUUUCGAACGUAAUUUCCAAGCAUACCUUCCAUCCAUUCUGUAUGCUUUGCAUUUACUCUAUGAGGAUUUAAAAUUGAAUGUCAUCUUACAAAAGUAUAUGCAGUAUCACUUGCCGUUGCUAAUGCAAUUGGCCAGUUUGCUUGGCUGGGAGUCUUAUUUGGAUUAUUAUACGAGGCAUAAUAUAACUGGGAAAUCCUUGAAACUUGCAGAAGAUACAAUUAAUACCGAGAAAAUUGAAUAUAAUAAAUCAAUACUUUCACCUCCAAAUAUUUACCAAUGGAUUCUUUAUAGGCUAAGAACAAAAGGCGUCGUCACACAAUUUCCUUCAGUACAUGAUAUCAGUGUAUUAUUCAACAUAUCAAUUACAGAAAUUAACCGUGAUUUCGAUUGCUGUACACGAACAUUAAAAGUCUGUGGCUUCUAUAAUGAGUUAUUUGCAGUAGGCCCGGCUUCGAUGGUCCUUAAAAUGGCGCGGGAAGGUUUUAAAUUGAAAGAUGUAGAUGCCUUACCUUUCGGUAUUGCUCUGCCGUUACGCGAGGCCAUCCGAAAAUGUCGGAUGCGCCCGCCAAAUGAUUGGCCUGGCGAUGCUUAUAUUCUGAUAGGCAGAGAAGAUCUAGCAGAGUUGAUUUCUGGAAAUCCAAUAGCAGCCACUUAUUUCCAUUCUCGGCGUGGAUUAAAAUUGGAUCGAAAACCUGAUCACAUUCACGCCAUUUGUCAAUCGAUCACGCCUUUCGAAGCAUCCACAUCAAAUAAUCCAGAUCGCAGACUAGUAGAAGUUCAACGACUUUUGCAUCCUUCUAAUAUAAUAAAACUGUCCUCAGUAGGAGCUGAUCAAAAUGGGAAUGAAGGUGAUAUAUCGGGUAGAAAUUUAGAAUGGAUUUCUGCUCAUUGUAUGAAAAAUUUUGCACAGCCUGUUGGACGUGGUAUUCUCACGUAUGGGACGACAACACCAAUUGCUACCGAAGUAUUUCCUAUUCCAGGAAUAUGCACAAGCGUCCGAAUAUUACCUUCUAAUACUGUUAGGGUUUUAGAUAGAGGAUUACGUUCUCAAGAAAUUAUCGAUUGGCCUGAAUUUCACGAUGGUGUAGCUGCAGGUCUUCGUAUUACUCGCGAAAGCACAGAAGUUGAUGGAUCAUGGAUUGCACUCAAUAAGCCGAAAGAGCUCAGCAACGGUCAUGCUGGAUUCUUAUUAGGUUUAGGUUUGAAUGGACAUUUGAGAUCUUUGGGUGCAUGGAGAGCUGUAGAUUAUUUGAUGAAAACACCAAAACACGAUAUGACUUCGAUUGCUUUGGUCAUUGGUAUUCCGGCGUCAUAUUGUGAAACAAUGGACACUCAAAUAACGAAAUUAGUUGGGGUUCAUGUGCCUGCUCUUCUCCCUCCCAACUCUACUUCUUUAAAUGUUUCAUCCUUAAUUCAAACUGCUGCGGUGCUUGGAAUAGGUUUACUUUAUUUGGGAACAUGCCAUCGACGUAUGGCUCAGGUCAUGCUUGGAGAAAUUGGAGGGAAAAGCUUAAUGGCUGCAGAAAACACAGAAAUUGAUUAUCGGGAAGGUUAUUCUCUUGCGGCUGGCUUUGCUCUCGGUUUUAUCACACUGGGUCGUGGACAUGACGCUCCAGGUCUUGCGGAUCUUGAUAUUUUUAAAGAAUUGCGCUUGCUAAUAACAGGUGGCAAAGGCAAAAAUUUCGCUGCACCUUCACAAAACUCGGGAUAUGGGGGCUCUAGAGCCGGAGACAUCAAUGUGAAUACAACAUCAUUAGGCGCAACGAUAGCCCUCGGUCUAAUAUUCUUGAGGACAAACAAUGAAAGUGUAGCAGAUAAAAUUACAAUUCCUAAAACUGCCUACUUUCUGGAUUUUGUACGGCCAGAUUUUCUUGCAGUCAGAAUUCUGAGCAAGAAUUUAAUAAUGUGGGAUAACAUAGAAUGCAAUGUAGCUUGGGUCGAAAAGCAUAUUCCCGCAUUUAUUAAAGAAAAACUUGAAAAAAACCCCGACGAUGAUAACAUUGAGUCUAUAAAGCAAUCCUAUUACUAUAUACUUGCAGGUGCAUGUUUUAGUAUUGGCUUGAAAUAUGCAGGCUCGGCAGAUGAAGUAGCCUUACGUUGCCUCUUACAUUAUCUGGACUUUUUCAUGGGACGUGCGAAUGCGCGAGCCACUUCCUUUGAUCAAAGAAUUACACAUCAGACGGUAAAGACAUGUGUAAACGUACUUACAACAUCAGCUGGUAUUGUUAUGGCAGGCACCGGGAAUUUGGAGUUGUUGCGAAGACUGAGAAAAUUGCAUCGACCGGAAAUCAAUCACGUUAUUUCGCGUAAUUAUGGAAGUCAUAUGGCAACUAGCAUGGCUUUAGGAUUUCUGUUUCUAGGUGGAGGUACUUUUACUCUCUCUACGUCCAACAAAGCAAUAGCUGCACUUGUCUGCUCUUUAUUUCCUCGAUGGCCGACAGAUCCUACAGAUAAUCGAACACACAUGCAAGCAUUUAGACAUUUAUGGGUCCUCGCGCUUGAACCGAGGUGUCUUGUCGUUCGCGACGUCGAGACGAGAGAAGCAUGCCACAUGCCUGUUAAAAUAAUUGUCAGGGGCACAGAGGAAUCACAUGAAGUUCAAAUAGAAGAUGGUCAUUCAAAUAAACUAGAGCAUAUGGUUGCCCCUUGUUUAUUGCCAGAAGCAAGGUUUGUGGAACGGAUUGAAAUUGAUACUCCUAGAUAUUGGCCGAUAAGUCUUGACUUGAGGAAUAAUCAAACACUUGCCAACCGAUUUUGGCAAAAUCCAAUUAUAUAUGCUAAAAGAAAGAUGGGACAUCUGAGUUACUUGGAGGAUCCUCAAAGUAUUUGGAGUUUGAACUCGCGCCUAUUUCCACGCAAAACACCAAGUAAUCAAUCAACUGGCGGUCGACACAGUAAUAAGUGGGAAUUUGUCAAGGUUUUCUCAUCAGAUCCUCAAGUCUUAGCUUUUGCAAGGCAUUUUUGUGAAAAUGAAAUGGAUCGAGAUUUAGCGACAUUUUGUACUGGCGUCUUGCAGGAAUGUUUAAACUCGGAUAAGCCUGAAGCGAUUCAGAUUUAUUUAGCUCUCUAUCAAAGCCAGCAAAAUCUUAAUAUGAAUGUGCUUUUAUUAUGGAACAUCAAGAUUCUUCUCGCUUAUUAUGAGCAUACUGUAAUUUCUUGUCCUGAUGCGACUCAAGAUUAUGCUCUCAUCCAAAGUGCGUUCAUUACUUCAAUUAGGCAGAAUAUGAAUAAGUUCUUUUCUCCACCAUCAGAAAACGAACAAUCGUCAUUUGCUCGUAUUUUACAAUAUUACUUUACAAAUUUGAAAUUCCCCUCAGCCGAAGAAUUGGAAGGCACGAAUUCUACCGAGCUAUUAACUCGAUUGGCCAAUUUUCUCGUCUAUAAUGAUGUACCAGAUCCCAAAACAAUACGCAAUAUUAGUAGUUGCAUUCAAAGUUUACGAGCUAGUCUUGCACAGGAUCGUGUAAUUUACGAUGAUAGUGGAUUAGUGAAUGGUCAUGUGCUCAAUGUACUCUUGAUAUUCUUGCCGCAUUUAACGAAAAAGACUAUUCAGACAAUAGUAAGAAUGUUGUCAUAA